UCCCCUAAUCAGUGAAUCCCUUGUCGGUUGCUCUUCGCAGACGGUAGAGGCAGUGGACACGUGUCAGGACGCUCAUAAUCCUCUUCUCUAUCCCCAGUCCCUACACACCCCAUCUUCACACAACCCAACCUUUAAACACUUUCAUUACGCACCCACUCAUACCCAAUCCCCCAUUUUCCGGUUCACUUUCGCCGGGAAAUCCUAUUUCUCAUGCUUUCCAAUUCAGUUCAACACUCGCCGGAAUCCCAACCCAGUAAAACACUUCACUCCAAAACUUCCAUCACUAUUGCUCUCACUUCCAUUCUCCAACCACUUCUCUCCCCUCAAAACCCUCGCUCAUGGAUUCUCUUCACACUCCUCUUCAUCCAGAUCCUCCUCCUCUGCAACCUCCGUAGCUUCCCCUCCACAAUUUCCCUCUCCCACCACCACUUUCCCACUCCCCUCACCGCCCUCCACGACUCUUCCCCCGCCGUCCACCACCACGGCCAAUGCAGCUCCGGCAAAGUUUUCGUCUACGACCUUCCUGCAACCUUCAACCGAGAAAUUCUCCAAAAUUGCGACAAUCUCAAUCCCUGGAGUUCCCGCUGCGAUGCCCUCUCCAACGAUGGUUUCGGCCGGAGCGCCACCGUGGUCGCCGGAAUCGUGCCAGAGGAUCUUCUCCCGGCGUGGCAUUGGACGGACCAGUUCGUCUCCGAAAUCAUCUUCCACAACCGCAUAAUGAACCACAAGUGCAGAGUCACAGAGCCAGAGUCCGCUACGGCGUUCUACAUUCCGUUCUACGCUGGACUCGCGGUGGGGCAGUAUCUGUGGUUCAACUCCACCGCAGAGGAUCGCGAUCGCCACUGCGACAUGAUGCUGCGCUGGGUUCAGGAACAACCGUUCUACAAAAGAUCAAACGGUUGGGACCACUUCAUUACCAUGGGGCGCAUCACAUGGGAUUUUCGGCGCUCUAAGGAUGAGGAUUGGGGUUCUAGCUGCAUCCAUAAGCCAGGAAUAAGGAACAUCACGCGCCUUCUCAUCGAGCGUAACCCUUGGGACUAUUUUGACGUCGGUGUUCCCUACCCCACCGGAUUCCACCCCCGCUCCAUCUCUGAUGUCACGCGCUGGCAGAGCUUCGUCCGCGAGCGCCGCCGCCACGCGCUCUUCUGCUUCGCCGGCGCGCCUCGUCGCGCGUUCCGUAACGACUUCAGGGGAGUUCUACUGAGUCAGUGCCGCGACUCGGCCGGGUCGUGCCGCGCCGUGAAUUGCACCGGGACUCGGUGCUCGAACGGCACGUCGGCGAUCCUCGAAACGUUUCUGGACUCGGAGUUCUGCUUGCAACCGAGAGGAGAUAGCUUCACGCGCCGCUCGAUUUUCGAUUGCAUGGUGGCCGGUUCGAUUCCAGUUUUUUUCUGGCGGCGAACCGCGUAUUGGCAGUACCAAUGGUUCUUGCCGGAUGAAUCGGAGAGUUACUCGGUUUUCAUAGACCGGAAUGCGGUGAAGAAUGGGACUUCGGUGAAAACCGUUCUCGAGAGUUUCAGCAAGGAGGAAGUGAGGAAAAUGAGGGAGAAAGUGAUCGAGUACAUUCCGAGGUUGGUUUAUGCGAAACCUAAACAAGGUUUGGAAAGUGUGAAUGAUGCAUUUGAUGUUGCCAUUGAAGGGGUGCUAAGAAGGUUUAAGGAUCAGCAAGAACCGGAGUUUCAUAAGUGGAAAUAACUAAGCCUGGGAUUAGAUUUAGAAAGUACAAAUUAAUAAAAAUAUACUAUAUAUUUGUUUCGCAUAAAUUUGGUAGGUUAGUUUUUUUUCUUACAAGGCAUAUAAUUUAUAGAUGUACAAUGUGAUGUAUCAUAUCGAUAUUGUGAUAUUUUUUACUACGAUGGACAUUGAUGUUUAUUG